GCGCGCGCACAUGUCCUUCGCGUCCUUCGCGAACUCCAGGGUAUCCUCCCCGCCGCACGCCCCGAUGCUCGCCGCCGCGGCGACGCGCGCGACGCGCCGCAGCGCGCGCGCGACGCUCCGCUGGAUCGCGCACCCGACGCGGUCGUCGCCGUUCGCACACGGCGGGAGCGCGCGCUCCGCGACGACGCACGCCGCGGCGGCGCCCGCGCCGCAGGGCGGCGCGAAGGACGCGUCGUCGCGGCAGCAGCCCGCGGGCGCGCCGCCGCCGUCGACGCGAGCGCAGCAGCAGGCGCAGGACCGAGCGAGGCAGGCGCAGUGGCAGCGGCAGCAGCAGCAGCAGCAGCCGCAGCCGCGGCCGUCGCAUCAACAACAGCAGCAACAGCCGCAGCGCGCGCCUCAACAACAACGGCAGGGCGGCGGCGGCGGCGGCGCGUACGGCGGCGCGGCGCAAACGCCCGCGCGCAACGGCGGCGGCUACCGCGGCAUGCUCCCCGAGGAGAUCGACGCGUUGUACCACCAGAUGCAGCACCUCGGGUCGCAGUGGGCGGAUCUCCACGCGGAGGCGGAGCUCCUGGAGGAGUCGAAAAAAUGCGUCCUCGCGUCAAUCACGCUCCACUACAUGAACGACGGCGACAGCAAAUCGCAGGGCGAGGCGAGGGCGUUCGCGGCGCCGGAGUACAAGGAGCACAUCAACAAGAUGGUCGAAGCGCGGAGGCGCGCGAACCAGGCCAAGGUGGAGUUCGAGGGGAUCAAGACGCACAUGAACCUGACGAGGACGUACGAGGCGUCGAGGCGGGAAGAGAUGAAGAUGUUGUGAUUUUUGAUCGCGUCGCGAUCGCGGCGAGCGAGAGCGGGCGUCGGGACGCGGGACGGAGCCGCGUUUUGUAAUUGAUAAGCUGCAUCUUAACGGACGCGUUGUUUCGGUU